AUGUUAGCUUCAAUGCUAGGAGUGGUCUUGAGCCUCUCACUUUACUCUCUCGGUGUCUUGUCACAAGAAGCGUCGUGUUACGCACCGGACGGCACCCUCGCGGAUAACGAAACGUACGUUCCGUGCAACAAACUCGGUAUCAACCAGGCUGGAGUCUUCUCGAGCUGCUGUGCUCUUGAUGGUCCUCCAGAACAACGCGAUAUCUGCUCCUCUUCCGGUCUCUGUAUCAAUCGUCAGCAACAGCCGCAACGCGGCUUCUGCACCGACAAGACGUGGAAGAGCAAGGCUUGCAACCAUGUCUGCACUGAUAUCCAGACCGGCGGGAACCCGAGCAACAUCAGCUUCAUGACCGCAUGUAACGACGGCACAGCCAAGUAUUGCUGUGGACAAUCAAACACCACGUGCUGCGGUACCAGUGAAGCGUUUACAAUCGCUACUCAGGAGGCGGUAUGCACAGCGAACACGACCAACACCGAUGGAACUACAGAUGAUGGGUCCGCGUUCAAAGGCGCCACUAUUGGUCUCGCUGUCGUCGCCGGUGUUUGCCUCUUGGCCGGUCUGGUAUCAACCUUUUGGCUCUGGAACCAAAACAAGAAACUAAAGAAGGAAUUGGCCGAAAAGGCGGAAGCUCCGAGCCAACCGAUGGAACCGCAAUACACCGGCGCAACGAGUUCGUAUGCUGCAACCUCGCCACCAACAGGGUAUAAGCCUCCGUACAGCACAUCACCGCCCCCAACCAUGUCGCCAGGCUCAGAGUAUCAUUCAAGCAACAUUCAUCGAUACUCUGAAUUGGAUGCAUCAGCAGCUGUGGCGAGGAGCGAGAUGGGAUCGCCUUCUCCAUAUGACCAACAACAACAUCAGCAGGGCCGGGACUCGCCGGCUCCUAGUCACCAACACGGACAUGGGCACCGGCAUGAGAGUUACGGGAGCCCAAUGCACUCACCGAAUCUGCCUCAAUCAUAG